UAGCCUACUACAGAAGAAGAGGGGUGGGUGCUGUUGCAGUGGAGUGUCAGGCGACGUCUGACUGCCUAAAUUCUAUGUGAGGUGAGGAUGAAUGCAUGCUGAUGCUUGCCAGAUCAGUUGGAUCCUUGUGAAGGAAAGUAUACUGUAUUCUCGGGCAACAAUACGUCGCGGGCGUCAUGUCCUCUUCCACGAUUGAGAAGAAAUUUGUUCAUUUGGACCUGAAAGGGGCACCUCCCAAAUUUGAGUAUUUGCUCAAGCUUAUUCACUUAUUUGCUGAUCUCGGUGCGAACGGGUUACUAAUUGAAUAUGAGGACAUGUUUCCCUAUGGAGAGGAGCUGAAGAUCCUCCAAGCUUCAGCACACCCUCCAUACAGCCGGGAAGAGAUUUCCACUUUGCAAAGUACGGCCAAAUCCAGGAACUUGGAGGUCAUUCCCCUGGUACAGACCUUUGGACAUCUGGAGUUUGUCUUGAAGCAUGGUGUGUUCCGGGAGCUGCGUGAGGUGGGGCACUGCCUUGGCACCCUAAAUCCCCAUAAAGAGCGCGGGGUGCAGCUGGUGCUGGAGAUGCUACGCCAGGUUAUGGAGCUUCACCCUGAGAGCAGUGCCCUUCACCUUGGGGCGGAUGAGGUGUAUCUGCUUGGUCAGGGAGAGGAGUCCAGACAGUGGCUGGGUGCGCCGAACCACAGUGUGCACCAGCUCUUCCUCAGUCAUGUGACUAAAAUAGCGAAGGCGGUGCAGAAGCGGCACCCAAAGCUCCGUCUGAUCAUGUGGGACGACAUGCUGCGGGGAAUGAGUCUGGAGACACUGAAGGACAGUGGUCUUGUGGGACUUCUCCAGCCUAUGAUAUGGGACUACAGCCCUGUUUUGGAUGUAGAAAAUACAGUGCUUUUAAUGGAAAAGUACAGUUCAGCCGGACUACAGCAGCAGUGGAUGGCCAGCUCUUUUAAAGGCUCGACCAGUGUUCACACCUGUGUCCCCUCCACACAGAGGCACGUAGACAACCACCUGCAGUGGCUAGGAGUGGCGUCAGCCCUGUCUGCUGGUGUCCAGCUACAGGGCAUCGCCCUCACGGGCUGGCAAAGGUAUGACCACCUGUCAGUCCUCUGUGAGCUGAUGCCACUUGCCAUUCCUUCCCUGGCAUCUUGUUUGCAGACACUGAUCCACGGUAGCUUCUCACAGGAAGCUCAGACCAGAGUGACUGAGGUCCUGGGAACCUCCUCCACAGAGGUAGAAUAUAUAAGCAGCACUCAGUCUUUUCCUGGACAGAAGCUUGCUGUAUUAAUGGUGGAAUUAACAACACUUCUGCAGUCAGAGGAUCUCCAACUCUUUGAAAGCAACAUGUAUGUAAAAGGCUGGUUUACCCCCUAUCACAGACAAAGGAAAAUUGCAAAUCCACUUAUUGCACAGCAGAUACAGAUUCAAGUGAUGACGUUGCUCCAGGCUGUGGAGCCCAAAGUGGAGGAAGUGAAGCAGGAGAUGGUGCAGCUGUACCCCCAGGCCACCGUAGACGAGUGGGUGGAGCAGCACAUCAGCAGCGUGGUGGCUCCUCUCCACAGCUUACUGAAGGACUUGCAGCUUGCCAUGGAGGACAUGGGGCUGCAUGCACCAGUGCCGCCCAGUGGGUGGUAGAAAGCAGGACUGUGAUGCAGUCGAUGAUGAUUUGAACUCUACAGUGAGAUGACAGUUGGGACCACAAGAUGGCGCUUCAGUCGAUCUGUUUUUUGCACUAAAGUUCACAGGGCUGGAAUAUACUGUGCACCUACAUGGUGUAGGUGCGAUCUUUUUUUUUUUUUUUUUAUGGAUUGUUCAAUUUAAACUAUUAGAGUAAAAUGCUAGAUCAGAUACCUCUUAUUGCAUCAGAUGUAAUGAAAGUGUGAAAAGAAAUAGAUCAUCAGGCACAGGAAGUUUGUGAUGCUCAUAUUUAUAUCUCCUCGUGUUUCUAAUUUUGUUUUA